AUGGAGUUCUCUUUCGAUGUGGACGCCCUGCUGCCGGAGCGGAUCACGGUGCUGGACCAGCACCUGCGACCCCCAGCCCGGCGACCCGGAACCACAACGCCGGCCCGUGUUGACCUGCAACAGCAAAUUAUGACCAUUGUAGAUGAACUGGGCAAGGCUUCUGCCAAGGCCCAGCAUCUUCCUGCUCCCAUCACCAGUGCAUCAAGGAUGCAGAGUAACCGCCAUGUUAUGUAUGUGCUCAAAGACACUUCAGCGCGACCAGCUGGAAAAGGAGCCAUUAUUGGCUUCCUGAAAGUUGGAUACAAGAAACUCUUUGUGUUGGAUGAUCGUGAGGCUCACAAUGAGGUAGAACCACUUUGCAUUCUGGACUUUUACAUCCAUGAGUCACUUCAACGCCAUGGCCAUGGACGAGAACUCUUCCACUAUAUGUUGCAGAAGGAGCGGGUUGAACCACACCAACUGGCCAUUGACCGACCAUCACAGAAGCUGCUUAAGUUCCUGAAUAAACAUUACAACCUGGAGACCACAGUCCCACAGGUCAACAACUUUGUGAUCUUCGAAGGCUUCUUUGCCCAUCAGCACCCUCCAGCAAGAAAGCUGCCACCCAAGAGAGCAGAGGGAGACAUUAAGCCAUAUUCCUCUAGUGACCGAGAAUUUCUGAAGGUAGCUGUGGAGCCUCCUUGGCCCCUAAACAGGGCCCCUCGCCGUGCUACACCUCCAGUUCACCCACCCCCCCGCUCCAGCAGCCUGGGAAACUCACCAGAACGGGGUCCCCUCCGCCCCUUUGUGCCAGAGCAGGAGCUGCUGCGUUCCCUGCGCCUCUGCCCUCCACACCCUACUGCCCGCCUUCUGCUUGCUACUGACCCUGGGGGCAGUCCAGCCCAGCGUCGCCGCACCAGGUAAUAGGAGUUAGGGAGGGUUAGGGAGCCUCAAAACUGUCAGAGAGGUUGUUAGAAAUGGCAAAGGGCAGUUUGAAUCCACCAGAGAUGUGAAGCAAUAGGACAUGUGGAUUGGAGAGGCCUGAAACCUUUUGAUAAGAAUAUAUUGGAACAGAGUGGUAUGGAGUGGUAGGAGUGGUAUAGAAAUAAACGAAGGAGCAGAAUAGUAUUUUAUACGGAAUUGAGUGUUUUAAAGUGAGAGACAGGAGGAAGGAAGAACACAGAUCCAUUGGGUGGGGAAACGGAGUCAAAUUGGGGAAAUCUUGGUUUAAUACUUACUGGGAAGAUGCAGUGUCUCUGACAUUUUGGGGAGCCACUGGCCCCAUGUUAGUGCUUUGUAUGGCAGCAGCCCAUCUUAACAGGUGGAGUGGGCAUCUCACUGAUUUCUCUCCCUAGCUUUCUCUUCACUUCUGACUUUGCUUUCUGUUUUUCUCUCUCCCCCAUUUUCCCUUUCCCUUUCUCCUGUCCAUAACACCCUUCCUCAGCUCCCUUCCCCGCUCUGAUGAGAGUCGAUACUGACAGACAGCUACCCCUUCCCCUCCCGUGGAGACCCGGGAUGGGCAGAGCCCCCUCUCCCUGAGAACCCCAGACCCACUCUUCCAUUGUAGUCCCAGGUUUCAGUGGAACCUGACAGAGCUCAUAGGAUUCCCUCUUCCACUUUCUUGGGCAACAGUGUUGUCAGGGUCCUACAUGGCCAAAUACUUUGUAGCUUUUCUGCCUUCUUCCUAAGUGGGCUGCGAACACUCCCACAGACAGCCUGAUUUGCUGCCAGAUCCAUUGAUUGGGUGGCUCAUACUGAUUAUCCAGAGAAGCACACUUUUGCUUGCUGUGUUAGACCCUAGAACACCAAGGAAGGUCCAAGGGCCUCCUCUGCCAGGGAAACUUUUAAGGAGUCUUGUCCAUGGAAUAAAUCCCAUAGUCCUUCCACAGUGUUACUGGUGGCUCUAAUACUGCUUUGUGCUGCCUACUACAUUUAUCUUCUCAGCCUGCUGAAGCCAACCAAUGAGCUUUGCUUCAGAGCAGCUCAGUGAUCUAGGACAGGGUCUUACCAGCUCCCCAAAGGGAUCCACUCAACAUUGCCAAACUCUAAAUUUCCCCAUGUUUUGUGUAUGUAUUGGGAACCCCCAAGCUGAUGUCUGCUUUGAGGCUCUAGACUCCCCACACUUCUGAAGAUACCAUCACUUCCCCCAGAUCCAGAUACUGUGAGGGAGUUUGUUUCUUGGCAGCAGAUCCUGUUGAGCACCCUGUGAUCACUCUUAGCCAUGUUUCAGAAGAUAGGCCCUGAGUCUCAAGUAUCUGUUAGCUCCUGGGAUCCCCUCUUGUAUACAUCCCUCCCCAGUAGCUAGAUGCUGAUAAAUGCCUGUCUGGUGAGGUUGUCUUGAGAUGAUGGAGGAACUCUUCCUCUGGCCUUCCUUUCUUUCUUCCAUAGCAAGAUCCUUCCCUGCUCCAUACCCAGGGUAUGGAACAUCCUUCCCCCUCCCUACCUUCUGAAUGUGUGGUAGAUCAGGUUACUCCCAGUGUGUUCCCCCAUCCCAGUACUUGGGAGCAGGAUCUCCCUCUCUCCCAACUCACUCCUUUUCCUUCCCCUUCUCACUGUUGUUUGAAUAAACUGCAUUCUUUUGUGUUUUUUAAAUGGACAUUUUCAAUGAAAGAAAAAUCAAAAAAAAAAA